UUGGGCGCUCAGGUUGGACAGUGAACGCCCUGCCGUUUAUGUGCAGCCCAGCCUUUCAACUCCGCCGCCUUUUGGCUUCCAUUCACGAGCUUUUUCUACUCAUUUCCUAAGCCAGGUGCUUCGCAAAAGACGACAAACCUCCGAGAGGGAAGAGAAAACACACACACGCACACAUACACACACGCAGACAGACACACAAACACCCAGAGUUCACUCGUCGACCACGGGACUUUUUUUUGCCUCACCUCGGCGGAUUUUUGGCUGCUGCACACUGUGUUGAAGAGGAAAGAAACAUUUACAACGAUUUGCCGAAACUCGAAAGAGUUGCGCUGUUGGAUUUUUUUCACCGAUGUUUUUUUUACAGUUCUUCUCCGACUCUCCAGAAGUGGCAUGAUCGGCGUCCGUCAGCAAGACAGCCAUGUCCAAGCCGGCCGAUCACAUCAAGAGGCCCAUGAACGCCUUCAUGGUAUGGUCCCGCGGCCAGAGAAGGAAAAUGGCCCAAGAGAAUCCCAAGAUGCACAACUCUGAGAUCAGCAAGAGGCUCGGUGCCGAGUGGAAGCUUCUCUCCGAGUCUGAGAAGCGUCCCUACAUUGACGAGGCCAAGCGGCUGCGUGCGCAGCACAUGAAAGAGCACCCGGACUACAAGUACCGGCCGCGGCGCAAACCCAAGAACCUGCUCAAGAAGGACCGAUACGUGUUCCCUCUGCCCUACUUGGGCGACGCUGAACACUUGAAAGCACUUCCGGUUUCCGGUGCCGACUCGUUGCUGGCUUCCGGGUCGGAAAAGGCGCGUGCGUUUUUGCCUCCGGCGGCCUCUGCGCCUUACUCGUUCCUUGACCCAAGUCAGUUCAGCUCCAGCGCUGCGCAGAAGAUGGCCGAUAUGCCACACGCCCUUGCCGCCGCUGCCGCCGGCUCGCUGCCCUAUGCCUCAUCACUCGGCUACCAGAACGGCGCUUUUGGCGGCCUGGCGUGUCCGGGGCAGCACACACACACACACCCGUCACCCACCAACCCAGGCUAUGUAGUGCCCUGCAACUGCACAGCAUGGUCGGCGGCGUCCAGCCUGCAGCCGCCCGUCGCCUACAUCCUCUUCCCAGGCAUGGGGAAGAGCGGCAUCGACCCUUACCCGACGGCGCAUGCCACGGCCAUGUAAAAUAACCAUCCGAAAGUUGAGCAGAGAGACAAUUUUGACUUUGGAAACUUGAACCACGUAAAACACACACUCUCACACACUCACAAAAAGAGGAUCGAAGUUACAAGAGCAAACAGACAGUCGGGCUCUCCGAAAACUUCUACCGUGUUAAAACUAAUGACACUUCUGCUCUUUGAACUUAAAAUACGUUGAACCCCAAAAAGACGUUUCUCUCUGGAAACUCUACUGAUGUAAAAUAAAUAAAUUAAUUAAUAGCCACGCAAAUGGGGGUGUUGAGCUCAGAAGAAAACGCACUUCUCCACGGAAAAUUCAGUGAUAUUACCCUCUGUAAAAAAAAAAAAAAAAGAGAGAGAGAGAGAGAGAGAGAGAGAGAGGAAAAAGACAUUUUUUGGGAAACUUGAAUAAUGUUAAAGAAAAAAAAAACAGGUCAUAAAACAGUUAUAGAACAGCAAAAAAGACACCGAAGACUUGAACCGCGUAAACUGACCUAAGUGUCGCACUUUGCAAGCUUGAUCUCUGCGCUGCAUGAUGCGACCAGACAGAAGUGCAAAGCUUAUUUUGUACAGAGGCCGUGAGGACUUUGAGAACUGGAGAAAAACUUUCGAUUUUUCAUCAAGCUCGUUUUUCCCCUCCGGACGUCUGCAUGGGAACUUGGGAGUAGAUGUGAGAGAUCAAGGAGCCCUGAACUGUAAGAAAUGUAAAUGUUAUAACAUUUAUUAACGGCUAUCCGAUUAAGGAUGCCUUUAACUUUAUUUAUUAUGUACAUUUUUGAUGCUAUACUAAUAAUAAUUUUGUUUCAUGAUAUUAUUAUUAUUGUUAUCUUAUUUUAAAAAGCCCAUUUGGUUUGCACAAGUGACAUUCACCCAUCAUAUCUCUUGUAUAUUGUACUUAUAUUUUAGCACUCAGAUAAAACGGUUUGGAUCACGCUUAGAACUUUUUGAGUUGGAUGAACAUACGGGUUAUAUUGUUUAUAGGCUAUUUAUCAAACUGGUGCAUAAAAUUAGACAAACUAUUUAAAACAUCAAAUGGAAAAAAUAAUAUCUUUUUUUUU